AAUUGUGGCCAAGAAGGAGAUUUGCUUGAAAUCAAAGGUGGCAGUGGACUGGAUAGUGACAGUAUGCAGCCAUUCAAGACAUUCUGCUCUGUGAAUUCAGUCAAUGGUCCAACAGGAGCAAAGGAAGGCACAUACAAGGCCAGUGUUCUUUGUGGGUCCACCACAGUGAGGCUGUCAUCUUCAGGCCACAGCUACAACACAGUCAAGUUCUCUUUAAAGGCCAUUCCUCUGGACAACCCUGAACAGAUGCCGACUUUCCAGGGAGACCAGUUCUUUUGCCCAAUGGAAUUCUAAUAACAAACGCGUGGCUCCACCAGAAGACCAUACACAGUUACCAAGCAGUGGUGCUCACUUUCAGCACUGGGUUCAUUUGGGUUUCUUUCUUUCUUCCUUUGGUCGGUGUUUUGAGGCUUGGUUAGCUAAAAAUCUGUGGAUGGUCUUGUUCAUUGUCCGCGAAGCAUAAAUUGAGUUGACAUGACAAAUAAACAGCUAUGCUGAUGAGAGACGUGCA